UAAAAGCAGCCUCAGGAAACAUAAUUUGAAAACCAAAAGAAGCAAGAAAAAGAUGAAAAGGAUCCAAAAAUCCAAUGCGGAUAAGAGACCGUUAAAACCAAAAAUAAAUUCCUCCCUCUCCCUGUUACUACAAGUCUUCAAGCAGGAUUCCUUGGCAGAAUCAUGGGCAACUUAUCAAUGGCCGUAGUCGUCCCCUCCAUUUCCUCCGCCUCUUCUUAUUCUUCUUCCCUAAUUCUUCGUCCCUUCAAACUACUCCCUGCAACUAAACCCUCUUCGUCCUCCUCUGCUUUGUCCCUCGUCCUGACUUGCGCUGCUCCCUCCUCCAAGGAUGCUCGCGGCGGUAAACGAAAACCCACUUCCAGAAGGAGCAAGUACGGCACUUCUAGGAGGUCGACUCUCAAGAAAUCGUUCAAUCAAGAGCAGGUCGUGUUCACCGCUCCAGUCUCCCACGAACCCCAUGUAGGGAUUAUCGGAGGCGGCAUGGCCGGUCUGCUUUGUGCUCUCGGUUUGGAGCAAAGAGGGUUCAAGUCCACGGUUUUCGACACGGGGAUUCACGGGUUGGGAGGAAGAUUGGGGACGAGAACCAUUGUCGGUGGUGAUAAGGAACUAAUAUUCGAUCAUGCUGCUCAGUUCUUCACUGUAAGUGAUCCUGUAUUUGGUGACCUAGUAAAUGGUUGGUUGGCAAAAGGUCUGGUUGAAGAAUGGAAAGGUAGAGUUGGGGAGAUUGAUGCCGGUGGUGGUGGUGGAUUUGUGCCCUUCCCACCAAUCCCUCCAAGAUAUGUUGGUGUUGAUGGAAUGCGGUUUCUUGCAGACUCACUUCUCUCACAGAGUGAAAUGGUGAAUGUGGUGAGACCUUGCUGGAUAAGCAAGCUAGAGCCGUUCAAUGGGAUGUGGCACUUGAGUGAGAAUGGGAAGCCUUGUGGGCAGUUCGAUGUCAUUGUGAUUGCACACAAUGGGAAAUGUGCGAAUCGGUUGCUUGCUACAUCAGGCUUGCCCUUAAUCGCAAGACAAAUGAAGAAGCUUGAUUUAAGCUCAAUAUGGGCGCUGAUGGCGGCAUUUGAUGAUCCGCUUCCAAUACCGUUCGAAGGAGCAUUCGUGAGAGGAGUGGAUGCAUUGUCGUGGAUGGGUAACAACUCCGGGAAGCUUUCGAAAGGGAAACAAAGCCCCGAAUGCUGGACACUUUUCAGCACCGGAGCUUAUGGGAAGAGGAACAAAGUUCCACAGGAAAGCAUCCCAUGUGAAACAGCAGAGAAGGUGAAAGAGAGCAUGUUGGAAGGUGUAGAAGCCGCUUUAGGAAUGGAGAAAGGACAGCUGCAAAGACCAUCUUACACAAAACUCCAGCUAUGGGGUGCUGCUCUGCCGACCAACAGUCCAGGGAUCCCCUGCAUAUUCGAUCCCCAAGGAAGGGCUGGAAUCUGCGGGGAUUGGCUUCUCGGUUCAAACAUGGAGUCCGCCGCCUUAAGCGGCAUUGCUCUUGCUAAUCAUAUUGGGGAUUACUUGGAAACAGUUGCAGCCGCUGAAGAAUUCGGAAUCGGUCUGACCACGGAUUUCCACCCGAUUCAAGGCCACGACAUCGGCCAGUUCUCUGGGUUGAAGAACGUACAACAACCUGUACAAGAUGCAUUGCAUUCUUCUGUAACAGUCCUAGUGUAGUACAAAGAAACAGCGCUAGUCUUGUUUUUCGCCAUUGUUGAUGCAGACGAGCUUCAGAAUUCAAUUGAGUUUUAUAGCAAUGGCGUUCCAAACGUUAAGAUACGAUGACACUCAUAGUGUAAUCCAAGUAAUAUUCCGCCAUUGUUUUUUAUAUGGUCCAGCUUCGGAAUUCAAAUGAGCUGCUUACUUUUGGAGACGGUGCACAGUUCAAAUUCCCAGGAAAGAAAAAAAGCUUGGAAUUCACUUCAAUUGAGUUAAUACAGAACGUAAAACGAAACCCUAGCAAUGUUGAAACCCUAAAGUAAAAAAGCUCUGUUACAACCGAAACUAUUCAUUCUGAUACUUCUCAGCCCGCAAUUUACAACACUAAAUUUUGCCGUUCACC